AUGAAUAAAACCGUCCUGCGACGUGCCGGCGAUAAACGUGGAGCGCGUGACCGGGCCGCCCGCCCUAGCCCUCGGAUUGCGCCCAAACUCGGCCCCGUAGCACCCAACUUCCCCAGUAGCACGCCACCUAUCCACCACUCAGCCACGCCGCCCGUUUCCGCCUCGAACUUCUACAAUUUGCAAAACAUGAAACGUGCUAUUGCC